GUGGGCAAAAAAGUGAAAGGCAUAUUUAAUAUAAAAAUCUCACACACCGCACUGCAUUCACUCAGACUCAUUUCACUUUUCGACGCAUUGUUCUUCUUUCUUUUGUGCUUACACCGGCCGCGAUACAGUUUCGGUAGAAGCACACUGGUGAAAUUAUCCAUUACCUGCAACCAUGCUCGCCACACUCUUCAGUCUAGGUGCAUUAAUAUUAGCGGUACAUGCCGAUGAUCCCAGUACAUGGCUCGGCACCCUGGACACACUGGCGCACGGUGUCAACGGGGAAGUGUUCGCCGAAGAUGACCACACCCUUUUGAUCAAAUCCUUUGUCUAUGAUGGCGAGACGGAUGACGGAUUUUUUGUUAUGUCCAAGGGAGAAAACCUGGAAGAACCGCUAGAGUACAUUGCUGACGAAGUGGGCAGCCGGCAGAGCCUGGCCACGUACAUGAACGAAGACAUCCGAUUGCGACUUAAUCCCGGCAAAACCAUUGCCGAUUAUAAAUCCUUCGGCGUCUACUGCCAGAAAUGCUCGCAAGCUUACGGAAUGGUGACAUUCAACAAAUUCCCCAAACCGUUCGUGCGCAGCAUGGUCUCACUGGGCAAACUCGCUAACACCGUCCACCAUGUAUCCGGUGAAGUGUUCGCCAUUGAUGAACGAACUCUGCUACUCAAAGGUUUCAAUUACGACGGAUUAAGUGAAGAUGGUCAGUUCGUUCUUUACCAUGAUGGAAAGAAUAUCAACGGUACCAGCGAAAUCAUUGACGAUGAAGACGGUACGGAUAAUCCAUUGGUCACCUACCGCGAUAUGGAUGUCAUUCUUAGAAUCAAAGCCGGAAAGAAAAUCUCGCACUUCCGCGGCUUUGCUGUCUACUGUGGCAAGUACAACCUUAAUUUCGGCAACGUUGACUUCCCGCUCAAAAUGCGCAUUCCUCGUGGUGCCAAGAAAUCGUCCGAACGCCCGAUUUUCCUUGGUCCGUUGGUGAACAACAGCCAUAACGUUGGGGGCAACGUUUUCAAAAUUGAUGAUAAAACCAUCUUGAUUACCCGCUUCACCUACGACGGCAUGAGCCCAGAUGGUCAGUUCGUUCUCACUCAGAAACCCGGCGUCGUGGCUGAACCAGUGGAAAUCAUUGGGGAUGAGCGCACCAACAAGGGACCCCUCCGCAAGUACAACAACCGUGACAUCUUCGUCAACUUGAACCACGGCACCAGCCUGGACGACUUCAAGGGCUUGAGCAUCUACUGCGCCAAGUACAAGCUGGACUUUGGCCACGUCUUCUUCCCCACCCAGUCCAUGAAGAAGCCCACGUACCCGCUUAUGUGGGCCAAAGCCAAUCUGGCCGGCGCCUCCAAACUCGGCUCCUUCCGCACACUCAUGCACAACGUUUCCGGUGAGGUGUACGCUCUGGAUGAUACAACGCUGUUUAUUAAGGGAUUCUCCUAUGACGGAACCAGCCCAGACGGUAAAUUUGUUCUUUCCAAAACCGAAUUGAUCCAAGAUCCCCUGGAAGUCUUGGCUGACGAAUGGGGAACCAGCAAUGACGGUCUGUUGGAAUACGUUAACAAGGACAUCAUUAUCCGACUGAACCCCGGAACCAAACUUUCAGACUACAAAGCUCUUGCAGUAUAUUGCGCUGACUAUAAGCUGGACUUUGGUCAUGUCAUAUUUGGCAGCAGCCUAUCCGGUCUCUCGCAGUCCAAAGAGGAUCCCAACUCCUUCAUCAACACCGGUGUGAUGUGGUAAAACACUGCCCUCCCAAACACGUUUCGUACUUCCUUUGCCAAGAGAUUUUCUACAAAAACACAAUUACAAAAACUAGUUGAACGGCUCGACGUAUCCGCAUUAGCGCGCGUGUAUGUCAAUGUGCACACUGAGCGGCACACACGCCUACAGUGCACCUGGACGACAUGAUUAAUUUCCUGCCUUGUUAUAUAAACACGUUUUUUCCUUCCUUUUCCCCCAGCGCACCGCCUUCCGAGAGAUGUUGUCUGUGUUUGGUUGUUUUUGUGUGCUGCAUUAUUGUAUUAAUGACAAAAACUCUCUGGUAUGCAUGCAUACGUGUAAUCCGCUUAACUAGCCGGCAGUGCCAACUGGUUACGCCAGCGUCAUUAGCGUUUUUGUCAACCAUCUGUCCAGCACGUGAUUGGCUGUUGUUUUCUGUCGGGUCUGUUGUGGGUUGUGUGUGGCUGCGAAAUGCGAUGGGAAGAUUCGUGUUCACUCAUAUGUUCCUGGGAAAACGGUGAAAUAAAAAAUAAAACUAUUGCUGCUCUG